UUGGUUAAGUAACAUACGUCAACACGUGCCUCGAUCAACAUUCUGUCAUCUCGGACAUCCAUCCUUCCAACGUUACCUAAGAAAUGUUUUUGUUUUGUAUGCAAAUAUGUCUACUUCUGCCAACAAACAUUGUGUAACGAAUCUGCAGUAACGAAUCACCACUCGAAUACUCGCAAAUACUGACAACUGAUAAUCAGCUUUCGCGACUAAAUACACGUCUUUCCUACCGGCCACGGAUGCCAUCAGUUGCAGAACAGUUAGUGAACGCCGAGGUCAACCACGGAAGUGCGUGCUUUUCCGAUUCUCGAGCUGCACCGGUCGACGGUUGUUAUGUUUAAGGUAGCUGACCGAAAGCCCAAACAACCGUAGAAUAGUUAGAAUGGCGCGCGACGAAAGCGGAUGCAAGCCGACCCUCGCGUCAAACAUGCGUCGUAUUCCGUGGAACGAGUUGCUGCUGAUCGGCGUCAGUCGGCGAUCGAUCAUCGGAAAAACAUGCGGCUGCUCGUAUCGGUGCUGUAUGUGACCCCGCUGUUGAUGACCGUUAGCUGUAGCAAAGUGUCCUGGCCGGCGCUGGAACAGGGGGACGAAUAUUUCGCUCCACUGAUGCAAUCGUUUUCCAAGUUUCCCUUUCACGACAUCUACGAAACGGCUCCGCUGCCUUCGGACCUGAUGAUGCCGGGUUCGCGUUUGCUCAAGAUGAAACCGAUGCGCGAAUGGACCCGGAAGACUGCGAAGGACCUGGAGGAAGGUAACGAGGACAAGACGUGUCGACUGUGCGGUUUGCUGUCGUCGAUUUUGGGCAACGGAGGAACAGGAGGGGAGCAGCGUCGGAAUGCCUCCAGGAAGCGAAUUCGACCGGCCAAGCUACGGAAGCUGAUGAAGCAUUGUAGGAAGAAUUGAUUUUCAAGGGGAAAUCUCGCGAAGAGGAAUAUAUUUAUUUUUAUUUUUAUAACUUGGUCAAGGGACUGUCAUUCUUGAUACAGUAGGAAGUUUUCAUCGUCCCUCUUUGUACUGCCUUUUAAAAUCUAACGAAAAUCGACUGACUGCAAAUACGCCGUUGUGACACUGAAGGCCAGAAAUACUUUUUUAUGUUUGUUUAUUGUAUAAAAAUAGC